ACCAAGACAGAGAAACUGUGUUGUUCACGGUGAACACUGGUGUACAGGUACUUUUGACAUCGCAAGGAUGAUCAGCAUUGCGUUCAUAUGGGCUGUCGUGGUGGGACUCUGCUGUUGCUUAUGGCUGGUUCUAGGGAUCCGUAGGAGACAACCUGGAGAGCCACCGGUGGAAAAUGGGUGGAUCCCUUACCUUGGUUGUGCCCUACAGUUUGGUGCCAACCCUCUAGAAUUCCUUCGCAGCCGGCAAAAGAAGUAUGGCCAUAUAUUCACCUGCAAGAUCGCUGGUGAUUAUGUCCACUUUCUGUGUGAUCCUUUCUCCUACCACGCAGUCAUCCGACAGGGCAGACACCUGGAUUGGAAGAAAUUUCACUUUUCUACCUCUGUCAAGGCUUUUGGUCACGACAGCAUGGAUCCAAGUCAUGGCUACACAACAGAAAACCUGCACCAGACGUUCUUAAAAACUCUUCAAGGGGAUGCUCUACCUUCACUCAUUGAGACAAUGAUGGAGAAUCUGCAAACUGUCAUGCUACAGUCUGACACGCUCAGCGUCACAAGCUCCAGCUGGGAAGUAGAUGGCAUCUUUGCCUUCUGCUACAAGGUCAUGUUCGAGUCAGGGUACCUCACAUUGUUUGGAAAGGAAUUGGAAAAUGGAGACAAGAUUCAAGCUCACCGGGAAGCCCAAAAAGCUCUUGUGCUUAAUGCCUUGGAAAACUUCAAAGAGUUUGACAAGAUUUUUCCUGCUCUGGUGGCUGGUCUACCCAUCCACGUGUUUAAGAGUGCAUACAGUGCACGUGAGAAUCUAGCAAAGACUAUGCUUGCCGAGAACCUAAGCAAGAGAGAGAACUUGUCUGAUUUGAUUUCUCUUCGCAUGCUCCUAAAUGACACCCUGUCUACUUUCAAUGACAUCAGCAAGGCCCGCACACAUGUAGCCUUGCUUUGGGCAUCUCAGGCCAAUACGUUGCCUGCUACCUUCUGGACCCUCCUCUACAUGAUCAGGAGCCCCGAGGCCAUGAGAGCAGCUUCUGAGGAAGUGAAAAGGAUUCUGGAAAGUUCCAAUCAGAAAGCAGAUCCAACGAACCCUCAACUGAUGAUGACUAGAGAGCAACUGGACAACAUGCCAGUCUUAGACAGUAUCAUCAAGGAAGCUAUGCGCCUGUCAAGUGCUUCUCUCAAUGUCAGGGUGGCCAAAGAGGACUUUCUGCUUCACCUAGACAACAAAGAGUCCUACCAUAUACGGAAAGAUGACGUAUUGGCACUAUAUCCACAGAUGCUUCAUUUUGAUCCAGAGAUCUAUGAUGAUCCAUUGACCUACAAAUAUGACAGAUUCCUGGAUGAAAACGGAAUGGAAAAAACAGCUUUUUACAGAGAUGGACGCAAGCUCCGUUACUAUUACAUGCCUUUUGGUUCUGGAGUAACUAAAUGCCCAGGACGUUUCUUUGCAGUGCACGAGAUCAAGCAGUUCCUUGCACUUUUACUUGCAUAUUUUGAUAUGGAGUUGUUGGACUCAAAUGUUAAGGUACCCCUCCUUGAUCAGACGCGAGCUGGUCUGGGAAUCCUUCAGCCAACAUAUGAUGUAGACUUCAAGUAUCGACUCAAAUCCCAGUUUUGACAACAUACUAAAUUGUAUAUUAUGAAUGUUUUUUUUUGUUUUUUUACCGCUGACUGGGUAUGUACAUAGACAUGGAUUUGGACCAAAACUAUACAAUUGUAUGUAAUCUUUGUAAAGAGUGCUGUUUGUGACAGCAGAUAUGGUUUUGAUUAACUUUUGUUUUAUCAGUAAUAUUUACUGCGGAUAUGUUUGUAAAUUCUGCCUGUACCAAGCACUGUGCAUUCCAAUUGUUUUGUUAAUGAGAUCACAGAUGUAUAUGACAUGUUCAAUAAUAAGAUGAUGCAUGGAUUCUCAGUAAGAAGUUCUGUUGUCAUUGCAUAACUACACCACAUCAUACAAGAGACCAGCAAGGCAAUUAUGUGUUUGUAAUAAUACAUUUCUGAAUUCUACAUUCAACAAAUCAACACAAAAAAUAACACAGGCUAUAGUAUAUAUACAUUUCAAAAAGUUAUUAAAAUAUGAUGGAAAAGUA